AACAGGUGAAACAACAUGGGGACUGACUACAGGGUUUUUACUGCAACUUUCCUGACAUUAUUUUUAACAGUGUGCAUAGGCGUUUCUGCUUACAAACCUGUGAUCAUCGUACAUGGCAUCCUGGAGCCAGCGUAUAAGGAAAACCCACUGAAAGACCUGAUCACAAAGGCUCACCCAGGCACAAAUGUCACCAUCAUAGAUGAGUACACAGAGCUGUUCAGCCUCUAUCCCAUGUGGGAGCAGGUCAGGGGGUUUCAGAAGGCCAUGGUUCCCAUCAUGCAACACGCCAAGGAUGGUGUCCACAUCAUCUGUUAUUCUCAGGGUGGUCUGAUCUGCAGAGGAGUUCUGGAGUCGAUGGAUGACCACAACGUGGACACUUUCAUCUCACUGUCGUCACCUCUCAUGGGGCAGUACGGGGACACAGACUACCUGAAGUAUGUGUUUCCUCACUAUCUGAAGGAGAACCUGUAUAAAGUAGCCUACACGUCCUAUGGGCAGGACAUCUCCAUCAGUAACUACUGGAACGACCCUCACCAACAGGACCUCUACAAGGAGUACAGUGUCUUUCUUGCUGUCUUGAACAACCAGACAUCAAAUAAUGUCAAAAGUAAAGAAUACAAGAAUAACUUCCUAAAGCUGAAGAAGCUUGUGAUGAUUGGGGGUCCAGAUGAUGGUGUUAUCACCCCCUGGCAGUCCAGCCAUUUUGCCUUCUAUGAUGAGAAUGAGACAGUAGUGGAGAUGAAGGACCAGGAGGUGUACCAGAGGGACUACUUUGGUCUGAAGACCAUGGAUGAGAGGGGAGACGUGACAACUUAUGAAAUCCCGGGGGUCCAACAUCUCAACUGGCACAAAAAUCAAACUAUUUUCGACGACUACAUCGAGAAGUGGCUUACAUGAUCCAAGGAGCUUUUAGUUCAAAUAGAGCUCCUUGCAUGGUCUCAGGAUCAUCUUUUAACAUAAAGCAUCAGGAGAACAAUUGUCAAUACAUGACAGUGUUUGUUUUUCUUCAUUUGAUGAAAAGCAACAAACCAUAAAAU